CAGGUGCAGCGCGGGCUGUCCCGUGGCGGACGCGGCCGGGAGGAGAGUUCGGGUCUCCUCCUGCCUGUGCUGCGUCCCUGCCCCUUCUCAGCCGGAUGCCCGAGACACUCAGAACCCAGUGAAGCAGCUCGGACACCGGCUGGCCAGAGGCAUCCGGAGCCAUGUCAGAACUUUGAGCGAGGCCUGGUGACAGGGACCGGCCGUCACCCACCAGUCUUCCCAGCUCGGCUUCAAGAUGCUAAGCCUGAAGCUCCCCAGGCUGUUCAGCAUAGAACAGGUGCCCCAGGUGUUCCACGAGCAGGGCAUCCUCUUCGGCUACCGACAUCCACAGAGUUCCGCCACGGCCUGUCUCCUCAGCCUUUUCCAAAUGACCAAUGAGACCCUCAACAUCUGGACGCACUUGCUGCCCUUCUGGUUCUUCAUGUGGAGGUUCGUGAGCACCCUGCGUGUGACGGACGUCCUGAAUGACAGCUACUCCUGGCCUCUGCUCGUGUACAUGGGCGCCAGCUGUGUGUACCCCCUCGCAUCCAGCUGUGCACACACCUUCAGCUCCAUGUCCAGGAACGCCCGGCACAUCUGCUACUUCCUGGACUACGGCGCCGUCAACCUCUUCAGCCUGGGCUCGGCCAUUGCCUACUCUGCCUAUGUGUUCCCGGACGCGCUGGUGAACACCGUCUUCCACGACUACUACGUGGCCCUGGCUGUGCUGAACACCAUCAUUAGCACCGGCCUCUCCUGCUAUUCCAGGUUUCUUGAGGUCCAGAAGCCCAGGCUCUGUAAGAUGCUUCGUGUCCUGGCCUUCGCUUAUCCCUACACCUGGGACUCCCUUCCCAUCUUCUCCAGGCUAUUCCUCUUCCCUGGGGAGAGUGCACAGAACGAAGCCACCUUGUACCAUCAGAAGCACAUGGCCGUGACCCUCCUGGCCUCUUUUCUCUACUCCGCGCAUCUGCCGGAGCGCCUGGCUCCUGGACGCUUCGACUACAUCGGUCAUAGUCACCAGCUGUUUCAUGUGUGUGUGAUCCUAGCCACACACAUGCAGAUGGAAGCCAUCCUUCUGGACAAGACUCUAAGGAAGGAAUGGCUCCUGGCCCACUCCAGGCCCCUGUUGUUCUCUCAGAUAGCCGGAGCCAUACUUCUGUGCCUCAUCUUCAGCCUCAGCAACAUAAUUUAUUUCUCAGCUGCUCUGUAUCGGAUUCCUGAGCCAGAAUUACAUAAAAAAGAAACAUAAUUCAGACCAUAAGCUUUCUGUGCCAAGUGUCAACAUUAAGCUACAACUUCCUAACCACCAUAAGUCAGUG